GUGUCGCAUAAACGGUGUCCACGAUCCCUACAUAUUCGCGUCCCUACUGGUCCCGCCAUGCUUUCCUCCAAUGCUCUGCGUUGGCGCGCUGGCCGCGCCGCACCGUUGCGAUUGCGUUCGGAGCCAUUGAUUGUUGUUGUGUGGGAUGAUGCUCCGCAUGACGACAAACGCAAAGCCAUACGUCGCAUCCCCGUCGACGACGAGGUGCCUCCUCAUCUUUCCCAGACGAGCGCUUGGAUGCAGCGGACGGGGGCAUCGCGGUGAUGACAAGUUCAAUGCCGGGAAGUGCGUUGCGAUGUGGUUAUUACGCGGCACUGUCUCUUUCCCCCUGCGGUGCACCGGCUGGCCUACCGAGCUCAUAGCGAGUCCCGCCAUCGUCCCAGGAUCGUGGCUUGUCUGGAAUAUGGCAUGUGAGGGGGUUUGGGGAGUGGGACGUGCUCCGUGCACGCUGUCGUGCGGGUCGGUCUUUUGGACGUUGGGAAGCAUACUUGGAGUCAGAGUGAGUGAACGUGUGGGGAAAGCGUGCAUCGGGACGGGAAGCUGCAGCUAUAGGAACGCGGUCUCGAUGAGUGCUGCGUGCCGAUCUACGUGCAGCAACAGCAGCAGCAGGAAAAGAGGCGUAGGAGUUCCGCCCACCUGCCCAUGAAAUCCUGCUUACAGUCGAGGCUCGAGUAGUCGAGCGGGGCUCGAGAUCAAGGCAGCAA